AUGUCUGAAAAUCUCUCUCUCAUCCAACAUCCAUGUGCGUUAUGCUUCAAACCCACUUCCAUGUGGUGCAGUCGAUGUCAAAAUGCAUGGUAUUGCUCCCCGGAACAUCUUAACAGCGAUUGGGCAAGGCAUCGCCGAGAAUGUGUUCCUGUGGCACCGACUCAGCAACAGUAUGGGAUCAUCGCCACCCCGCCACCGGCUCAGACCCAACUCAUUACAGUGUCGGCCAUCUUGUUUGCCCCUGAAGAAGAGAAACCGCGCACCAUCACGCUCAAUUGCCAGCCGCCACAGACCCCGUCGCAGGGCAUUUGUCCUACCCCACUCGUGCAGGAUUACUUUGUGGGCGGACAGGCCAACAGUGUUGUCCUGACCCAAGGGCUCAACGGCGAACCUUUGCGAUUCCCCUUACACUUGUUCUACUCCCCCGUCUCGCUUUCAACAGGUGCCCCCAUCAAUCGCGCCAUCUACCGCAUAACGUCGGGCGCAGCCCCUAAAGCGUGGUGUGGCGCCGUCGUCGUCCUCAAGUUCAACGGCUCUCGUAGACAAGGUUACUCCGAUGCAGGCACGAAUGACCUCCCAGCGCUUUCCGCGUACUUUCUAGCUUACAAAUAA